AUGACGCAGGGCUACAACGUUGUCAUCCGUGACAUCACCCAAAAGCAAUGCGAUGAAGCUUUGCAAUACAUCAGUGAGAAUGUGGCCGCUUUUGCAACCAAAGCCACCACUGGUAGAUCUCCUGGUACGAUAUCUGCAACACUGGAUCUGGAAGAUGCUCUCCAAGGGGCCUGGAUUGUUUUCGAGUGCGUCCCCGAGAUCCUUGAACUCAAGAUCGACACUUUCGCCGAACUCGAAAGGCUGGCUCCCAGGGACUGCAUCCUUGCGUCCAAUUCGUCAUCCUACAAGUCGAGUCUUAGUCCUUACAUCGCCGUCAAAGAAUCGACCGGGUUCAUCUUCAAUCGUAUAUGGGCCGCCAUCAAGCGUGAGUGUUUGAUGGUGUUGGCGGAGGGCGUGUCGACCCCUGAACAGCUUGAUAAAGCUUGGAUGGAGAUCCUUGGUUGCAGCUUUGGUCCUUGCAUGUCGAUGGAUAGUGUUGGACUCGACACUGUCGCCCUCAUUGAAAAACACUACAUUAAAGAGCGUGGCCUCGGCUCCGAAUUUACCGUGGAUUAUCUACAAAAGCAGUACCUCGAUCACGGCAAACUAGGCAUGAAGAGUGACAAGGGAGGUCUCUACCCCAGAGUACAGCCCAAAGUUGUGCCAGCUGUACCGACUACCGCAGCGCCAGGGCCGGAAAAGGGAUUAGUCGUUCUCGAUAUGGGCCUCGGACAAUCUCUAGCCAGAAAAGGACCAGCAGAGAUUGUGUAUAGCGGACGGUUGCUGGAAGUCUCUCUCGACGGCAAAACACAGCGUAUCAUCAGCAAGAAUCUACCACUCCCCGAUGGUGUUGAUACUUGCGAUAACAAGCUCUACUACACCAACAUGGGUGUACCAAGUCAAAACGACGGCAGUGUUGUCUCGGUCAAUCUUGACGGCACUGGCAGCACCACCAUCGUUCCUCCAGGCACAAUCUACACUCCCAAACAGAUCAGCAUCGACCAAAUAGCAAAGAAGCUCUACAUCGCCGACCGAGAAGGCUGUAGGAUAUGGCGCAGUAAUACAGAUGGCUCAGAUCUCGAGAUCAUCAUCGAUACAAACACAUUACCUACAGAACGAACUACUCCCGGCGACAUCAUGAGUCAAUGCGUUGGUGUCACUGUGGCGCCCAGGUUGGGAAAAUUCUUCUGGACACAAAAAGGUCCAUCCAAGGGAAAUCUGGGCCGCAUUUUCAGUGCGAACAUCAACUUUCCCGCCAGUUGUACAGCACUGGAUCGUGAAGACAUCUGCACGAUUGCCGAUAAGCUGCCCGAGUGUAUCGAUCUGGAUUACGUCGAAGCAAGUAACACUUUGUACUGGACAGACAGAGGAGAAGUCCCAUUCGGAAACUGUCUUUAUAAAGCACAACUGAAUGAUCAAGGGCGCAUGGCAGAGAAGCCUCAGAUCCUGGCUCAGAAUUACAACGAGGCCAUUGGAUUGAAGAUCGACGCCGAGAACGAUGUCAUCUAUGUCACGGAUCUUGGUGGGUCGAUUUGGAGGUGUGGAAUGGAUGGAAGUGAUAAGAGGAAGGUGCUUGACGAGCAAACUUCUUGCUUCACGGGGCUGACACUUGUAUGA